AUGUUAAAACCAAAACCAAAACGAGACCCAAGCCCGCGCUUGCAAAAGCUGCGUGAGCGCCGAAGGCAAGAGUUCGAUAUGUACACGGAGGCUGAAGAAACUGCGGAAGCUGCAAAGCACGAUUUCGCCGUGACAGGCGUGCCCCUACUGUACAAUUCGCACGGCGGUCCCUACGACGAGUAUUUCAAGAAUGAAUGGGAGCCCUAUUGGGAGGCCCUCGAUGAGCUACUUACUCGCCCUUGGUGGGAGCGAACCUGGAUUGUACAGGAAAUAUGGUGUGCUUCGGAUGCAGUACUACAAUGUGGCUUCACGAUCAUUGAAUGGAAAACGUUUCAGAUGGCCAUGGAUUACUCCGAAGCAUGGGACGAUAUUGGAGACGCCCUGGAAGGCAUGAAAAGAAAGUCGCAGUGGGAUACAUUGCGAAGACGUUAUACACUGGCGAUAAAUCUUGCCAAAGCAAGAGUCAACGGGAGUUCGCUAUCUUCACUGCUUUGGAAUACCUGGGAUCGCGCGUCCACGGAUCCAAAGGACAAGGUAUUCGUUGCAUUGGGAUUGGUGGGCGACACUCAAGGUAUCUCCGUGACACCUGAUUACGGCAAGUCAAUGGAUCAGGUGUACCGAGAGACUGCACAUCACAUCAUGGCAAACGAAGGUCGACUUGACAUCCUACUGGCGGCCAGUGGCAUUCAUAGUAACGAUGGCUUACCGUCAUGGGUACCGGAUUGGCGUCGCGAGGCGUACGCAAAGAAGCCGGUUCUACUUGUCAAUCGCCAUCUACUGAUGAAGCUAUGCUAUCCGGGGUCUAUUGUCAUGGCAGUGCUCCAAGGACAUGGCUAUCGUGCAGCUGGCAACUCGGAGCCAUAUAGUUCCUUCAGCCAGGAUUUACGUGUGAUGACGGUAUUAGGCAUACAGUUCGACAGUAUCGCGGAGGUAUGGGACGUAGAUGUCGCUGCCAUGCGCGAUGGUGAAUUCAUCGAUCAGGCUUUCGACUUCAUCCUUCAAUCGAAGUUUUUGUCUACCGAGGCACGACAGAUAGUGUCAGCGGAAAGAGCAGACCUCGCCACUUCACGGCAUAGUUCGAUCGUAAUGACGACACUUACUGGUGGGGGUAACGUACGGAACGAUAGGAGAGCGCCGACGAUGAGAAACAUUAUGCGACAACGGCGGCUUUUCGUGACGAAGCAGGGAUAUAUUGGGAUUGGCCCAGUAGAGGCCCGGUCCCGUGAUGUGGUCUUCAUCAUCUCUGGCUGCAAUUUCCCGAUCAUACUUCGACCGAGAAAGGACAUGUUCGCGGUUGUUGGUGAAGCUUACAUGAACGGCUAUAUGGCCGGUGAAGCUCUAGCUCUGGCUCCGGCUCGUCCGUGGAGGAAGAUCUCGAUACUGUAG